UACUUUUUUUCGGAUAGAAAAUUGAUAUGUAUAUUUUAUCUUACAACUGCCCUAUUUAACAAUUCAAUGUACAUUUUCAUGGAAAAAUACACUCUACAUUUAUAACUUCCUUGUCAAGAUAUGAAUUGACGGCCAGGAUGUCGAAAUUAUCUCAACCACAACCCCAGAAGCGGGCUGACAUGGAGCAAGUAAGCAAAGGUUUGAUAUGGAUGAAGACGGAAUAUGACGUGAAGAAAGAAGCCAAUUCCAUGAAGGAAAAACUCCAUGCUGUCAGAGAGAACUACCGGAGGGCGAAUUAUGCCGCGAUAAAGGAAAAUAACAAGUCAUUUAUCGAAUGGAACGAGGAUCUUUUGUCUUUCUGUAAAGCGAACAGGAGAAAGUACCAGAUGGAAAGCAGGACAGAAAAGAUUGAUAGAGAAAUAUUUGAACUACAGAUGAUAAUUUCCCAAAAAGAAGAGGAAAUUGAAAAACUACAUGAAGAGCUGAAAGAAGAAAAAGAGGGAAAAGAUCAUGCGUUAAAUAGAUUAAGCGAGCUUCAAUCUCACCUGCUGAAAUUUGGAAAUCCAGAAAUAACAGACCUUGGCGACAAGAACCGGCCGACCAAUCUUGGUGAAAGAUAUAAAGAGAUAUAUGACAAUGAAUGGACUGACACGUUUGAGUUCUUAACAGAGAAGAAUGAUAAAAAAGAUCCGGAGGCAAUUGAAAUUCUAUAUGCCAUGUUAAAGUGUUGCAGCGAGCUUUGUUCUGAAUCAGUACAAAAACAGCAUAUGAUUCUUGCAGGACUUAUAACUGAUCCAUUAUCGGUCAAGGCUAAAACUGCUUUGGACCAGUCAGAAUCUUCAACUCCUGAGACGAAAAAUACCACACAAGCUGGUGACGCACCAGAAACUGGGAAAGCUGAUGUUGCCAUCAAAGAGUUCUGUAAAGGCACUGCUAAUGAAUUGCUUGAAAAUAUUACUAUCACGGAUAUUUUGCCGGUUAUGAAGAAGAAAGAAAAGUUUACAGACGACAUGUUACAGAACGAAGAGGUCAAGAUAUACCUUGAAAAAUCAUUUAAGUUGCUCUGGUUAAUGCAGACACAACAUCCGCCGAUGUUUAUAGACUUUACAAGAUCUCCUGGGUCAGCUUUUGACACCAAUGUUUUCGAUACAUACACAAAUAGGGGUGCAGAGGUUGAGCAAAUUGUGUGGCCACCAGUUUAUUUACAAGAGGGUGGUCCUUUAGUAAGUAAAGGCGUGGCCCAGGGCAGAAAUCAAUCAUAGUCUCUAAACAAAGCAUUUGAAUCUUUUUUGACAGUUUUAAAUUUGGUCAUGUCAUGGAUUUAUAUAUUAAUCCAUGGUCAUUUUAGUCCAAAGUAGGUACUCAUUAUAUGAGAAUAGUGUUGAGGUCAAAUUAAAGCUGCAUACCUCCAGAUACUUGUAAAUCAGAUUAUUUCAAGAAAAUCAAUCAAUGAUUUUUAUAAAAACUAAAAAGAUUUAAAUAAUUAUUUACAUGUCAUGUUCGAUUGUUGACUGCCUUUCGCAGUAUUUGUCACAACAUUUCUACUGCCUGACUAGUGACUAAUGUUGUAAGGGCUAUUUUUGCAUAUUUUUACACCAUCUUGAUAGUUUUCUUGGAUUUUAAGUGCCAUAUGAACUGUGUUCAUCUUUUUCUUAGUUUAAUGCACAAUAUUUUUAUAUUUUCAUUAGCAUGAAUCUGGGGGCAUGCUGCUUUAAUGAACUGCCAUUCUCCUUUAAUCAUUUGUACUGUGACUAUUGUGCUUUAACGAUGUUAUGAUUAUUAAAAAAAAAAAAUGUUUUAGUUGAUAAUUUUAGAUAUUAUAUUUUUUAUAAAAAAAAACCAACAAAAAAGUCAAGCAUCAUUAUGUUGAAGCAUUGUUAUGAUGAUGCUGGGCUUUUUUCUUCUAUAGCAGGGGCUCAGAAUUCAUGAGAAUCAUGCAAUUUUCCCUGAAAAUAUGAUUGACAUGAAGUCUUUUCUUCCUCAUUUGCAAAAAUACUGUGUUAUAUUUCCCAAAAUUAAGGCCGCUUCCACUACUUGUGAAAAAAGAAAACCUUUGAAUGGCUGUAAUUUAAACUUCAAAUUAACUAAUGUUCUGUUCUUUUUAUGUAGCCUAAUUAAUUGCUGUGUAUUAUCCGCAAUGUGUAUAUUUACUUUUUAACACAUUUUAUAUAAUAUGCCAUAGUCAUAUGUUAGAUUACACAGUAUGUAUUCAAGAAUUUAUGUAAGUAGCAAAUUAGACAUAGUAUAUUUUAAUAUAUUUUAUAAGUCAGUAUGUCAUUUAAGUAAUUUAUGUAAUUAGCAGAUUAGACAUUGUAUAUUUAAAUUUUAAAUACAUUGCAUUAUAUUAACUAUGUCAUUUUACAUUAUGAACCAUUGGAAAGAAAAAUAAAGUUAUUGAAUUCAUCAA